CAGGUAAUUGUAUAACGCACUAACACAACCUAACAGAGCCUCCACAGAGCUGCUUCUCGCGCAGUGCGCUUUGCAGCGCUUUUUCAUUUCAUUGUGUCGCUUUCUCGAGUGAACAUUGUACUGCUCAGUCAUUAUAAUCAUUGAUUAAUAUCUUAAUCAGAUUGAUCAUAGAGAAAUAUUUCUAGUUUUCUUGUAAAAUAAAGAUACAGCUGUAAAUGGAGAGCAUGUAAUAAUCAUAUUCGGAGCACUGUUGCUGGAAAAGUUCUGUUAAAUCAUACACUUUUUUUUUCAAUCUUCAAAAUAGACGGAAAAGGGCGUUUCAUCGAUUUAUUGGAGUUUCGUUUGAUCGCAAAGCUUUCUGCGAUCGGCCCCAGAAUGUGAUUUAGAUUUCAGGUUUUGUGGUAGGUUUGAGAAGAAAAAUCACUGUAGUCAUUGUAUUGCUCAUUUGCCUAACUAUAAUAUUUUGGAAAAUAUAGUUCGUCACACACGUAGCAAAUUUCAAACUGAUUUUGGAUCGAGGAGGAUAUUACAUUGGAGUAGAAGAUAGAGGUUAAAAGGACUGACUUGAAAGCUUUCAUCUUUGUGAUGAUCAGAUGUAGUGCAACCAUGAUUCUUCACCCUUAUUUGUGAUUUACGGUGUGGGAACUUAUUCGAUGCCAUUUUGAAAAAUGCCGUUAGUUUUCCCGUUAUUUGAAAAUAUAUUUCUUUAUGUAGUUGGUUGCGUUUGAUUAAUCAUGGACAAAUUAAGGUGGAUGGAAUGUUGGUACAUCUGUCUGUACAUGAUGGAUUAAUGAUCAACUCAAUUUCGAACAUGAAAUCCCCUACCUCAACUAGUGGAGCGGUAGAUUCAAACAACCUGCAUGACAUAAUUUGUUCAUUCCACCUUUGAGGGGCACUGGAGGAGUACAUAUCUGAAAUCUUCCAGAACAGGAACUUAAUACACUGUUAUACCUAAGGCUACGAGUUCCAGCAACCAAAGCUAAUAUUUAUAGAGUUCUCUUUAUGUAUCUUCUGUACAAGUACAUUUUGGAUUUACAAUCAUCAUGGAGAACAACCCUACCCCCUUCAGCUGUGAUGUUUGCAGCGAAGAAUUUACUGUGAAAAGAAAUUUAAUGCGUCAUCAUCGCAUGUUCCAUCAUGGGCAAAGGACUUUAUAUGUUUGUGAUACAUGUGGAAAAGCUUUUAAUAGACAGGAUAAUUUGAAACGUCAUAUGAAAACUCAUCAGGAUUUCAGCAAUGGUGCUGAACCUGAUCAGGGGAACCAGCGACCAACCUGCUCACAAUGCAAAUCACUGUUCCUAGAGCAAAAAGACCUAGAUGAACACAUGAAAUCGCAUCGCAAGGAAACCUUUCAUUGCCGUACUUGUGGGCAAAUAUAUCAUAAUCGUGCGAAAUUUAUGAAACAUGAAAAGUCGCACCAUAAUCCCGUUCCUCCAAAGUUACCAAAGAAGCGAGUUGCCGAUGGACCAGUGUCAAACCAAGCAAAAAGAUGCCGUCAACAACCCAACCUAGCACUAACCACAGUAAACCUCCCUUCUGACAUCGAUCCUGAGAGUUGUGCCGCCCAAGUAUACAGGGAACAUUGGCUGAAUAUCAGAGACAGACGUUCAUUUGGAAGGGUUCAUCGGUUUUACAACUACCAUCUUCCAGAUCUAAACAAUGGUAUCCUUAGAAAAAUAGCUCAGAAGGUGUUUGAGGAGCAAUUUACCGCUUUUAAAGUUAAUGCAUCGUAUGGAUUUAUUCUUUGCAACAAUGAAACCAAUGAAUGUAGGUAUUAUAACGCUAGUAGAAACACAAAGAUUCUGAAUGAACCUGUUCUUAUUUCAGACCAUUCGUCAUUCCAAAGGUUUAUGGAUACAUUCCUCAAGGAAGAUACCCUUGAAUAUGCUCGAACCCUGCGCCCAAAUUCUAAAUGGGUCGUUCAGCACGUCACAAAUGUCACUUUCUAUGUAUUUCGAAUUGCUGAUCAUCCCAUUGGCCGCGGAAUUGACCUCCCCGAUUAUAUAAAAAAUAAUCAAGCUAUCGUAUCUCUGGUUAAGAGUCAUAGGGAUUGUAAGAUGUAUGAUGAUAAUUUGUGCAUUUUUAGAUGUUUAGCUCUAUUUCAAGGUGCUAAUUCUCAUGGUCUUGAAACUAAAGCUAAAAGAUUAUUUAAACAGUAUGUGCCUCACAUAAAAAUUUCAGAAUUUGAAGGAAUAGAUCUAAGCAAAUUGGAUAAAGUCGAAGAAUUCUUCAAGAUUAAUAUCAUGGUGUACGAAUUACAGCCAUCCGAACUUACCAACGGUGAUAAUAUUCUUCUUGAAAAUGAAGGUGAAUUGGUAAAUAGUAAAAGUACAGUUGCUGCUAAGCUCGUGAGAAGAGGACUGGACAAGUUCCCAGAAACAAUGUAUGUCAAUCUGUAUGUUAACCAUUUCAGUUUCAUUUCAGAUAUUAACCGAUAUUGCCAAAACUAUCAAUGUCGCACAUGUGACAAACUUUGGAAAACUCGCAAAUCACUUAAUCGGCAUGAGAAAAAAUGCACCUCAACAGCCACCAAGCAUACUUUCCCCACAGGAAGGGCUACAUUUCAUAACCCUUUGACAAUAUGGGAAGAGUUGGCUGACGAAGGUAUCUUUGUCGAAGAAGAACGGCGUUAUUUUCCAUACUUUGCCACAUUUGACUUGGAGUCGUACUUAGAGAGGAUAGAAAAUGAUACAGAUCCCAACAAUGUUCCAACUGAUACCUCAAGACAUAUCCCUAUGAGCAUGAGUAUCAACUCAAAUGUUCCAGGGUACACAGAACCAUACUGCAAAGUGUCUGAUGGAGACUGUCAAAAACUAAUUGAUGACUCUAUAUUGUACCUCCUGGAAAUAAGUAAGCACUCUUGCUCUCUUCUAGAAUCUUCUUACCAGGAUGUGAUUGAAAAAUUAGAUGAAAAAAUACAAGAGUACGAGAGUUGGCAGAAGGCAAACAAUAAAACGCCUCACAAAACCAAACAUCUUCAGAGAUUAAAGGAGCGUUUCACGAACCAUAUCACAGAACUCCCUGUGGUUGGGUUCAAUUCUGGGAGGUAUGAUAUCAAUGCCAUUAAACAAUACCUCUAUCCUUCACUUCUACAGUUUGAUUCUGUUGAUUAUGUCAUCAUGCGGACCAAUAAUCAUAUGGCUCUGAAAUCAAAGCACCUUCAGUUUCUUGAUAUUUCUAAUUUUCUUGCACCUGGCUUUUCAUACGCAGCCUUUCUUAAAGCAUAUGACUGUGAACAAAUGAAAGGUUUCUUUCCUCACGGGUGGGUAGAUUGUCUUGAAAAACUCAAAGCACCUGAACUUCCCCCUAUUGAAACUUUCAGCAACAAACUCAAUCAAAUUGCUUUAUCACAAGACCAGUAUGAAUACUGUCAGAGUAUCUGGAAACAGAAUAACAUGACAAGUCUAAGAGAUUAUCUUAUAUGGUACAAUAACCUCGAUGUUACUCCUUUUAUUGAGGCGGUUGAGAAAAUGCGUGAUUUUUACAAGAAUCUUGAAAUUGAUCUGUUCAAAGAUGGUAUUUCGGUUCCUGGGCUCACCAUGAAAUAUCUCAUGAAGUGUAGUCCAGAUGCACAUUUCAGUGUUAUCUCUGAGGAAGACAAGGAUCUUUAUUAUACUUUCCGCGAUAACCUGGUAGGAGGUCCAUCCAUUAUAUUUCAUAGGUACCAUGAACGUGGUGUAACAAAGAUUCGUGGGGGCAAGCCAUGUGUAAAAAUAAUUGGUUUUGAUGCCAAUGCCUUGUACCUGCAUGCAAUAAUGCAAGAGAUGCCAACAGGGCACUAUGUCAGACGACAGGCAGAGAAUGAUUUUAGGCCUGAAAAUAGGCAUCCAAUCGCUCAAGAAUGGCUUCAAUACCAAAGUUCCUCUCGACAGAUCCAUAUCCGACAUGCAGGUAAUCAUUCAGAAAAGAGAAUUGGUCCCCUUCAGCUCCCUGUCGAUGGUUUUUGCGCUCAAACCAAACAGGUGUUUGAAUUCCAUGGAUGUUACUUCCAUGGGCAUUCAUGCCAUCUCAACAAAGACCAAACCAAAAAUACGAAGCUUGGGAAGUCUAUGCCAGACUUACUCAAAAAGACUCAAGAGAAACAAGAGUAUGUAGAAAGGUUGGGUUACGAAUACAUCUCCAUCUGGGAAUGCCAAUAUAAAGAAAUGCGUAAAACUGAUCACAAGCUCAGUGCAUUUCUUACAGAGACGUUUCCCCCGCCUAAAUACGGUCAAGGAUUAACAAAAGACGACCUUCUCUCUGCUAUUCGUUGUGGUGAUCUGUUUGGGUUUGUGCAGUGUGAUAUCCAUGUCCCUGAUCAUCUCAGGGAAUACUUCUCUGAAAUGUGUCCCAUUUUCAAGAAUGUGGAUAUAUCAAGAGAAGACAUCGGAGAUGUGAUGGGAUCCUACGCCAAGAAACAUGAUAUCAUGAAAACUCCAAGGCGUGGUCUUAUCGGUAGUAUGUUUGGUAAGAAUAUUCUGCUCUACACACCACUUCUAAGAUGGUAUCUCAACCAUGGAUUGGUUGUCACCGGGAUUCACCAAUUCAUUGAGUACAAACCCGUUGCCUGCUUCAAGCACUUUGGUGAAAGCGUUUCUAACGCUCGACGCAAAGGUGAUGUUGAUCCAACAACGAGCGUUAUCGCCGACACCAUGAAGCUGAUAGGCAAUUCGUCUUACGGCAAGACAAUUACUAAUAAGGAAAGACAUCGAAAUGUUAAAGUCUGUGAUGAGGCUAAAGUCCAGAAACAUAUCAACAAUACCCUUUUCAGAGAUCUAAACCCAAUCUCAGACAAUUGCUAUGAAGUCGUUAUGGCUAAACGGAAGAUCAACAUGGACCUACCAGUCCAGAUUGGUCAUGCUGUAUAUCAUUUGGCCAAACUGCGCAUGCUACAGUUCUAUUAUGACUUUCUUCUACAAUAUGUUGACCCAUCCGAUUUUCAAAUGUGUGAGAUGGACACAGAUUCUGCUUAUAUCGCCAUUUCAUCCGAUUCUUUCGAUAAAAUAAUCAAACGAAAUAUGAGGGAAAGAUACGAAAUAGACAAAACCAACUGGUUCCCUCGAAAUGAUACCCAGGAGAAUGCUAGAUAUGAUAAGAGAACUCCUGGUUUGUUCAAAGUCGAAUGGGAAGGCGAUGGGAUCAUAGCCCUAUGCAGCAAAACAUAUUAUUGCUUUGGUGCUACUGACAAAUUUAGCUGCAAGGGUGUUAAUAAAAAGCAAAAUAACAUUACAAAAGAUGUCUACUUGAACGUUCUUCGUUCACAAGUCGCUGGGAGAGGUGUAAACAAAGGGUUUCGUGUCGUCCAAAAUGGAAUCUCCACCUACUCACAAAUAAAGCAUGCAUUUACCUAUUUCUAUCCAAAGAGAAAAGUAUUGGAUGAUAAUGUGUCCACUACCUACUUAGAUAUCUAACUUGUCAACUACGUAUUUCAACCCAUUUUUUCUAUCUUUACUUUAUAUCUCAGUUGCUGAUUUUAAAAACUAGCUGUGAUUAUUUGUGUCCAUUUCAAACAUUCAGGAAAAUGAUCUGCGUAUAAUUUUCUUUUGGUAAAUUACUUGUUCACCAUGUGUGUUGAGAGUUAUUCUGUAGAUUUUUUCAAGCAUUUUGAUUGGAAUAACGCAAAAUGUAAUGUGUUCAAAUCAAUAUUUCAUUGAUGUUUGUAAUACACUUGAAUACUCUUUGGAGCAACUUUAGUUUUACAAUUCUUUUCAACGAUAUAAAUUCAAAAUCGCUGGAGUAAUAGAUCUUUUUACAAAAUGUUUCACAUUUUGCUUUCACAAUUGGCUUUCAAUAAUGUACUAUUAUAUUAAUAUUACGAUUAUUAAAAUACAAUUUACUUUUACAAAAUAUUAUGAUUGUUUGUGACAAACUGUUUUCAUACAUUUGAAACAAGAAGAUUAUCUUAAGGAUGUUUCAUUGUUGUAUCAAACCUGACGAUGUAAUUUUUUGUUUUGAAUAAUAGUAUGAUGUUUUAUAUGUGUUUUUUCAAUCCGAGUUUGCUUUGAUUUAAAUAAAAUCAUAUUAUAAUGUUCAUAUACGUUGGUAUUUUAGAGAUUUCUGGAUGUAAAAGAAAUAUAAUCUGCUAGUUAAUUACUUCGGUAUAAAUGUUUGUUGGGGGAGAUGUAUGAAAUAUUUGGGGAUGUUACCAAGACAGGGUUAUCAGCUUUUCAAGAAAACAAAGUUCCCUGAUAAAAAAAUCCCUGAUAUUUCUUUAAACCUAAAUAUUAUUACGCUAGUAGAAAGACAAAAAUUCUGAAUGAACCUGUUAAUUUCUGACCAUUGGCCGUUCCACAGGUUCAUGGAUACAUUCCUCAAGGAAGAUACCCUUGAAUAUGCUCGAACCCUGCGCCCAAAUUCUAAAUGGGUCGUUUAGCACGCCAAAUGUCACUUCCUAUGUAUUUCGAAUCGCUGAUCAUCCCAUUGGCCGCGGAAUUGACCUCUUAGAUUUAUAUACAAAAUAAUCAAGCUAUCGUAUCUCUGGUUAAGAGUCAUAGGGAUUGUAAGAUAUAUGGUGAUACUUUGUGCAUUUUUAGAUGUUUAGCUCUAUUUCAAGGUGCUAAUUCUCAUGGUCUUGAAACUACAGCUAAAAGAUUAUUUAAACAGUAUGUGCCUCACAUAAA